CUGUUUGUGGGCCUUGGCUUCCCAUAUGAGGGUCCCGCACCUUUGGAGGCUAUUGCAAAUGGAUGUGCAUUUUUGAAUCCAAAGUUCAAUCCACCCAAAAGCAGCAAAAACACAGACUUCUUCAAAGGCAAGCCAACUCUUAGAGAGUUGACAUCUCAACAUCCCUAUGCUGAAGUCUACAUUGGGAAACCUCAUGUUUGGACAGUAAAUAUCAAUGAUCUUUCUGAAGUGGAACAGGCCGUGAAAGCAAUUUUGAGCCAAAAGAUUGAACCUUACUUGCCUUUUGAAUUCACGUGUGAGGGAAUGCUUCAGAGAAUGAAUGUGUUCAUUGAGAAACAG